UGAUGAAAGUUUAGACUUGCUUUCUAUCAGCUGAAACGUCCUCAUAUGAAUAGUGUUGAUGUCGUGGUAUUCAAGCCAGUUGUUAUUGAAUCAUUUUUGUCGUCAAAGCUGUUGCUUCAAUUUUGAAGUUACAGGAAAUUGUUAAAAUUAUGUUUUUUUACCAGUUCAAAAAGUUCAAAUAUCGUAAAAUGUGAAAAUCACUGCAGUUCGUUCCACGGGUCCUUCUUUGUAUGGUGAUGUUCUGUGGUAAUAAUAGUCCAAGUUUAUAUAGGUCACCAACAAUCAUUCCCAGUAAUAAAUUUAGAAAGAAUACAUGUAUCGUUUUCCUUGUUGCUUGGUGUCGUACUUUUGCUUAGCAACUGGAAAACUUUUAACAUUUAAUACUGUAUUGGUCUGUAUAUGUACAUGUAUUUGGCAUUUUUUUGAGAUAUAUAUUCUUUUACUCAAUUUCUUGACUCACACUUUUAUUUUCUACUGUAAAACUACGUUAUUAUGUGUGGAAAAGUGACUUGAAAAGUGAGCCGGCUAUCGAAGUCAAAGACGUCGAGACCUGAUGUUGAAAAGCUCAAUUCGAAAAGGCUCACCAGGUGCUGCUUCUAGAAAUGUUCCCCAUACAAGGUUAGAUAAUGAAAAUGACUUUGAGCAAGUUUAUGAGUAACGUGAACUUGGCAGGGGAAGUUUUGGUCGUGUUUAUGAAGCACAAUGUCAAACAAAUGGAUCUAAAUGGGCUGUCAAGUCUGUGAACAAAGAGAAGGCAGGCAGCUCUGCUGUAAAGAUGUUGGAGAGAGAAGUGAAUAUAAUGAAGAUGAUUGAUCACAAACAUAUUGUUUGCUUAAAUGAAGUCUAUGAAACACCAACAAAAAUGUUUUUGAUAAUGGAAUUGUGUGACGAAGGUGAAUUAUGUAAUCUACUUCGUGUGAGGAAGAAUCUCAGUGAGAAAGAAACUUUGACAGUGGUAAAACAGCUAGCAGAUGCAAUGGCAUAUCUACAUGAUUUAGACAUUGUGCAUAGGGAUUUAAAAUUGGAGAAUAUUUUACUAAGUAAACCUAUGAAUGAUGAGCCAAUUAACAUUAAGAUUAGUGAUUUUGGUUUAUCAUAUAUCAAAGGCAGCGGGGAAACCAUGAUGCAAUGUGUCUGUGGAACCCCAAUGUACAUGGCUCCAGAAGUGAUUGAUGGGCAUGAAUACAGUCGUCAGUGUGAUAUUUGGAGUAUUGGAGUUAUUUUAUUUACUCUUCUCACUGGUUCCCCUCCAUUCCAAGCACCUACUGAAGAGAGAUUGUUUCAAUUAAUUAAAGAAGGACAACUAAACUUUACACAUCCUUGUUGGCAAACAAUAAAUGAAUCAGCUAAAAAACUCCUUGAAGGAAUGCUAGAGGUUGAUCCAGCACAUAGAUGUACUGCAAUGGAAAUCAAAGAUCAUCCUUGGGUGAAUGGCGACAACGAGGCUUCUGUUCGUAUAAAUGUCAUUCAAAUGAUGAAGGAGUACAAUGCAGAACAGAAAAAGAUAAGCAUGAGCAAUGAUGACAGCGUUAAUGAAGAUCUCCCAGAUUUGUUGGAAAAAACUUCUGGAAUGUGUAAAGAGGAUGAUCUCUUGAUAAACAAGACAUCCUCCAAAACAAGUAUCAAAAAAGAUGUUAAAGAUCGGAAAAAAUCUUCAAGUUCUCAAUCUAACUCGUCAAAAAUGGAAAAAUCCGAUUCAACAAUACAACUCAACACUUCCUUUUCGAAUUCGAGUAAAAAAAUGACACAGUCCGCUCACGCUUCGUUUUCAUCAACCAAUCAAAACAUGCGUACAAACAAGCAACGAAAGGGUUCCGAGAAAGCUAAAUGAUGUAGCCACUUAUUCAUACAAGUAAUUAUGUUAAUGCAAAUGGUGUGAAAACCUUAAAAAUUGACAAGGAACAUCUGCAACGGCUUUUCUUUCCAUCAAGAUAGUUAUUUAAGUAUUGUAUAGAUGUUGUAAUUUUCCCAUUUUAAUAUGAUUGAUAUUUUUUUAA